GUAAUAAGCGAGGUGUUCCCCAGGAGUAAACAACUGAGACGUCACACUCACGGGGUCUCGAGUGUUGGGGUGACAUCACUCUUGCGUUUAUUCGAAGCUCUACUUCUGUUUCCUGAUUUGUUGUGGUUUAAGGUGCCGUAGCUACUUGAAAGGCACAAGUCUGGCAUUAGCCAGGACGUGUAUUCUUUAUUCUAGCAGUGUCAGUGUGUGCCAUGCCGACUGAGCGAACUCCUCUCUUGCCUCGACAUCCCUCAGCAAUGGAUGCGAGGGAUGCACGAAAGCAGACGGCGGCCACAGUAGUGAUCUUGGUCGUGUUGACAUUAGAACGUCUUGCCUACUAUGCCCUCGCUACAAACUUCUUUCUUUUCCUCAAUAAGGGCCCAUGGGAUGGUCACCAGGCAUGGGAUUCUCUAGAAGCUAUGAAUGCAGUCUUCGUCUUAGCAGGAGUGUCUUACAUGUCUGCUCUCCUGGGCGGAUAUAUAUCAGAUGCUUGGCUGGGACGCUUCAAGACUAUGGUGGUGGGAUUUUUGUUGUACAUUAGUGGUUACAUCCUUCUCACACUAAUGGCAGUUGAUCGACUGCCUCGCACCAUCUGUGAGGCAAAGAAUGAGAGAAUUGAAGGUGAUGAUCCAAAUGGUCUUCCCAAUGCUCCCUGCAAAGUAGCAGUUUACUUAUCUGUGACAAUUGUAGGUCUGGGUGUUGGCAUUGUGAAGAGUAACAUCGCUCCAUUUGGCGCUGAACAGCUAAAUACAGCAAAUCCACAGAAGACACGGUCAUUUUUCAACUGGUUUUAUUGGUGCAUCAACCUAGGCAGUCUGGUUGGUGUUGGAGUCAUCACAUACAUUGAACAAGACAAUCCUGGGAUCUGUACCAAUGGUUUCUUUUGUGGAUACCUUAUUUCCUCAGUUUGCCUUCUCCUGGCUCUCAUCAUGUUUAUUAUACUUUUGCCAUGUUAUCACAUUGUGCCACCUGAGGGCAGUGUGUUGGGCAAUAUCCUCAAGAUCAUUUGGGAGUCCUUGCGUGCACAGAUUCAACAUUGGCGACAUAUUCGGCCUAAUCCCAGUGCCAGCCCACUACAUUUGGAGCCAAGAUUUUUGGACAGAGCAAAGAUACGGUUCGGUGGUUCCUUCCAUGAGUCAGCAGUAGAUGAUGUGCGGUCACUUGGGAAGCUGCUUAAUGUCUUCAUUGCUCUUAUACCCUACUGGCUGGUUUACUUUCAGAUGGAGACCAGUUUUCAGGCCCAGGGGUUGCACAUGCGCUUCUCUAUUUAUGGCUCGAACCACACCAAUGAGACAGAGGAACAGAUGCUCGAGGAACUCAAGAUGAGAAAAUUCAGUGUCCCAGCUGCAUGGCUUACAUUGUUCAACCAACUAUUCCUGAUUGGAGCCAUCCCACUUUUGACGAGUUUUCUGUAUCCAGUGAUGGAUAGAGCAGGCAUACGCAUGUCCAUGCUUUUCAGGAUUGGCAUUGGUAUGGUGUUCAGUAUAUUGGCCGUGAUGACUGCUGGAGGUCUGGAGUCGUACAGAAUAUUCCUCUGGAGGACUGAUAAUUCUACUCAUAUUGAGCAGAUUGUGGGUAAUGUAACUUACAACGCUGUCAACAUUUCCAUAUUUUGGCAAAUUCCUCAAUAUGUUCUGGUUGGAGCAGCGGAGCUCUUUGCGAGCAUUGCAGGUUUGGAAUUUGCUUAUUCUGCUGCCCCCCGGACCUUCCAAGGCAUGAUCAUGGGGUUAUUUUACACCAUGGAAGGCAUUGGUUCCCUUUUGGGCACGGCGCUGCUCCACGUAGUAAGUCCGUUCUGGCUCAACAACUUGACUGACUAUGGCAACAUCAAUGACAACCACCUUGACUUUUAUCUCUACUUUCUGGGUAUCCUGCAGUUCACAACCUUUUUGAUCUACUGUGGCUCACUCUACAUGCAGAGGUUUUCACUACGACCGAUAGCAAUGCCACGUACGAGAAGAGGCCAUAGAAGGAGACACGCGGUUGAUCCACUAACUGGCCGGGGAGAAAGUGGUGCAAGUGUUUUGAAAGAGGAGGAUGAAGAGGAUGAGGAAGAAGGAAUUGAAGACUCUGAUGAGGAAGAGGAGGACAAGGAAGAUGUAAGACAGAGUAAUACUCAGUUGCUGUUGUGAGGAUGUGUUAUGAUCUUUUCUGUUAAGUCUCUUGUAAAUAUUGAAUCUCACCACUUGAACAUUUUCACUAAAAAACUUAGAGUAAUUUUGAUGGUUAAUUUUAUGUUAACUUGGUUAUAAUUUUUUUCAGCUUCCUUACCAACUGCUAAAGGUGUCUGUUAUUAUUCAUAUUUAAAAAAUAGGCUUUAAUAAGUUUUUCUAUUGUUUGUUAGGAUGGACAUGUCUGCUUUUAUUAAUAUAUUUUACUUCUUUUUCUGAACAGUAUAUACAGAUUUUGAAUAUUUUAAAAUCAGCACUCACACAGGUUAAUAUGUAGUGGGUUAACUACUUGAACUAUGUUAGCCACAUCUCCUUCAUGAAUUGUACUGGAACCUUUGUGGGUGCGCAUGAUGUCAAUUUAGUGUUUAUUUCAGAGAACUUGUCUGCUGAUGAGUACCUUGUCUUUAUAUUUAUGGUUUGACAUAACCUGGCUUUUGUUUUUAUUUUUUAUUCACAAGCCCUAUUCUGUUAUUGCUUAAGGUGGUGAGAAGUCAAGACCAGUCUAGACUCUGUUAUUCAUUGUUUCUAGCUACCAUACUUUUUGUGUAUAAAAUUCAUUAUGUUUUUUAAGCUUUCUCUGGUUUAUGCAUCGUGGCCAGAAAUAAAAGCAGAUAUACAUAAACAUUUUCCCAGCAUUAGUUGUCAUUCAAUCAUUAUAACUGCAGUAAAAAAUGGUCUGAUAUGAUACUCCAUGUCCAAUCUCCUCACUACCAGUUCAACCAUUACCCCAUCCUUCCACUUCUCUAUGAUACAUCAUUUACAUUCCAUUUGCUGACAAGUCCACUCCCAGAUCUCAGAAACAUUCUACUUCAUCCAUUCUAGCCCUUCAAGGUAAUAUUUUGUAUUCUUAUCCUUCUCUAUAUUUUCAGCACUUUUUUUCCACUCUCACUAUCAACCUUUUCGUAGCAAACACUCUUUUGAACUUACUCGCUAAUAUUUGAUAACCUUUAUUCUGAAAUGCCCAUGAAGACAAUGCCAUGCAAACACGUGCAGACUCACCUUCCAUUCACAUGCCAUACCAUUAUUCACCAAACUUGCACCUCCAUCCAUCAUUUCAACUUUCACUUGUUUUACAGUACGUACUGUAUUGUUUUGUCCAUGAAAAUAGUAAACAAACUUGCUGAUACUACACAUCAUUAAUGUAGAUAUACUUUUACAGGGAAUUAGGCUCCUACUUCUAACAAAUUCUUAGGGGGAGUGUCCGGUUGAAAAUAUGAUGAAAACCGGAAAAUUACGAAAAUAUUCAGAAAAAUUCCCGAGGAAAGCUGUUGCCUAUUGCAAUAUGCUGACUUGUUUUUAUUGCAUAAUUCGUAAUAUUUGUGUAGUAAUGCAUGCUUGUUCUACCCCCCUUCAUUCUGUUUACAUAGGAAAAGCUGUCAAAAAGUAUUUAUAAUAAUAUUUUGGUGUAAAGUACACCUUGUCACAUAACAGUUCAAACAGUUCAACGAAAUAAAGGACAGUUCACUUAUGGAUUUGACGUUAUGUCUCAUCCUUUGACAUUCCCUUGCAAUGAAUUGACGCUGUAACAAAAUAGUUUGACAGAUGACUUACAAAUUAUUGACAAAGCACUAAGGAUAUUGACAGUGAUGAUAAAAGAUUGGAUAGUUUUACACAUAUAUUUGACAAUUAACAUAAGCUUUGAAUGGCAUAUACAGAACAGUAUAGUCUUGAUUUACGCGGUCAAUUGAACCCGUGGAGGUCCGCAUAAAACGAGAAACGCGUAAACGAAAUAACAGAACAUAUGGGAUUAAUUUAAAUAGAGACUGAGCCGACCCCAGACUACCCUUUU